UUAAUUAUUAUAUCUAAUUUGGCAAAAGUUUCUUAGGAGUGAUUAAAGUCAUUAUCUUUUUAAUGACAUGGAUCAGCGGCGCUAAUUAUGCAAGUCCUGGUAUAAGAAUGCAAAACUGGGAGAAAUUAAUCAGUUAUUGUAGUGAAGCAAGUGCAGCAACAGUGAUAUGUUUAAGUGUAAUAUUAUAUUGAUUUAAAUUAUAUAUUAAAAAUGCAGAUCUUAAACAUUAACCUGGUGACAAGUGUAUUAAUUGGAGUAGUUUUUACGUUAACUUCAUACGUAGAUGCAAAAACUCCUGAUUUCAUAAAAUUAUGCAAAGAUACGUCAACCGAUUGUCUGAAGGAGUCCCUCCAGGCCUCAUUGCCAGGGUUUCUGAGAGGUUCUCCUGAACUGGGCAUAGAGACCAUGGAUCCUUUCCAAGUCAACAAUUUGAACCUGACCCUGCCCGGCGGCUUGAUUAUCAGCUUCAAUCAAGGUGUAGCUACUGGAUUCAGAAAGUGUAUCAUUGAUAAAGCAAGAAUGAGAAAAGACAUCUUGGACAUUCAGUUACACUGUAACCUGACUAUUAGGGGGAAGUACAUCUCCACAGGCAGACUGCUCAUGUUUCCUAUAGACGGUCAUGGUGAUUCGCUUAUUAAAUGCAAAAACAUAAGAUUGGACGCGCUGGUGAAACUAGGAUCUAAAACGCAGAAUUCAGAAAAAUAUUUAGAAGUUAAGAAUCUAAAAGUCAACCACAAAUUUCAAGGAAGAGUUUCUUACCAGAUGACCAAUCUCUUCAAGGGCAGCCCUGAGAUGAGUAAAUUAGUGUUGGAGUUCAUGAACAGAAACUGGAAGUUAGUAGCCGAAGAGUUUGGCAAGCCGAUCGUUGACUUCGGAGUGGGAUCCAUCAUGAGCAGCGUCAACCAGCUAUUUAGGGUCGUACCGGCCAAUGAUUUGCUAUCGGGACCAGUUAACUUGUGAUCGCGAUUUUAAGAGACAUUAUUUAUUUAUUAUGUGAUUUAUGUGAAAAUGGUAAUGUGUAUAUGUGAUGUCCAUAUAGACUUAUUUUAUU